GUUGACUCCUCGGUCAGAAACAGACAGAAACAAAGAGACGGAUUAAAAGAUGUCUCGAGGAAUGAAUAAUGAAGAACUGGAGCUGAAAUAGACACGCACAGCAGGUGUGCUGGGAGGUCAGAGGUAACCAGGCCGGGAUGCACUGCUGCAGAAGAGUAGUUAGCAUGCUGCUGCUGCUGCUCUGGAUCCUCAUUGAAGUCCCCCCCUCCCUUCUGCAGCCUCCCCUGCCUCUCUCCCUGCCCGUCCACAUGUCAGUCGUCCCUCCUCUCUGGCAAUUCCUCCCUCUCUCUCAGGUUGAGCUUGGCCCUCUUUUUUCCAACUCCAGCCCUUUCUCAUCCUCCCAGAGCCUCUUCAUGCUGUCCCCACCAGGCCAGGCACCCAGACCAGGCCUCCAGGCUUCAUUUGGCCCUUACUCAGUCACACAGCUCAUAUCAGAGCCCGUCAUCUCCUCCCCCCUGUCUGCCUCCCUUCUCUCUGAGCAUGUGCAGAGGGAGAAGGGUGAGGGAGGGCAGGAGGUAUUCAGAGUGAGGGCACUGUUCCACAGGUGGGGUGACACCAGCAUUCAAGGGACCUGUGUCACCUUGCACGCCUUCAAGGAGACAGAGGAGCACAAAGCAUCCUGCAUCACACAGCCUCCUCUGGGGCUCUGCGUGGUCACCCUGACUCUACCCGGCAGCUGGUUUAAAGAUCAGCACAUCAAACAGUCACAUGAGGAUUUAGUGAAGUGGCACAGUAACAUCCACCCUCGACACCGUACUCAUAAGAGAGAACAUCGACGACAUGGACAUCACCACGGCAAAAAUCGGGGCCCCAUGAGAGAUCAGAUCCAGCUUUUCUACUCGUCUGUGGACACAGAGGCCGACUUUGAGCUGACAGCAGCAGGGUGUGUGGAGGAGCGAGCAGCUCAGUCUCAGAGGAAGCUGGUGCACAUCAGAGCGCUGACACUAAAGGAGGAGGAGAGAGAAAGGGGGAGGACCAAAGAAGAAGAAACCUGUCUGAACGGUCAGGAAGAGGAGGAGCUUAACUUGGACUCCCAUGUUGUGAUUCGCUAUCACAGAGGCCCAGUUCUGAUAGGACAGCCAAUCAGAGUGUCUGUGAAUCUGCGAGGAAACUUCACCGCUGAAUUUGUGGUCAUCAGGCUAAAGGUGAAGAAGGGUCUGGUGUCCAUGGUGGCCCAGAGGACAGUGACCUCUGACCUCUGGACUGUGACCCUGGAGAGAAGUCAGGGAUCCACACAUGACGUGGUGUCCAUCCUUUGCCACAAACAGAGCACCGUGAAGCACACACACAAUCCCUCCAUCCUCCAGCAGGUGGUGUGUCUGUCUCUGGAUGGCCUCAGGCACAGCUUCGGUGUGGCUAUGACUGUGUCAGCUAACUGGUUUGUGGAGUACUCAGGCCGUAAUAACCCUGUAUCACCACAUGGGGCAGCAGUGAGCGUCUUCUCAUUCGCUGACCGACACAUUUACGGCAUCGCUCCCAUCACAGAGAGCAACACAGUCAUCAACACAGCCAUCCUGACCAACAAGCCUGUGUCACUCCCUGUCAUCGUGCUCGCCAUCAGUCAUGAUGGGAAGGUGUCAGACGUCACCUCUGCUGUCACCUGUCACUCCACCAAUGAAAACACCAUCAAGGUGUCCAGUGAUUGCUCCGCCCUCUUUGUGGACGGAAGUGAGUCAGGGCUGGGUAACACCUGUGCAGUGGUGGAGUUUCAGCUGGGCAUGCUCAGUGGCUCAGUGUGUCUGGAGGUAUGGGCUCCCUCAGUGCCCCUGCGAGUGUCUCUGGCAGACCCUGUUCUCAACGCCAUUAACGGCUGGAACCACUUCACAGAGAGCGGGUGUGUGCCAGUCUAUCAGCGAUCAUCGGUCCAGGUCCUGACUCAGUUCACAGCUCAGGACUCUGAGGGCAGGAACACACACCUCCUGGGGUCUUCUGAUUGGUUUGUGGAUGUAACAGAGCUAGUCCGUGAUUGGCUGCGAGUAGAAGACCCCAGCGUGGUUUCCCUCUCUCAGAAUGAUCUGAUUGGUUUAAGACCCGGAAAGACGUCGAUCCAUGUCAUCUCUGAGCAGUGGGACGGUGUCCUCGGCAGGUGUGACGUCACUGUGACCUCUGAACCUGUUACCCCCGGUGACCUGUCGGUGCAGGUGGUGAGCGGCCUUGGCAUGUCGGUCACAUCAAGUCCUGCCCACCCCUCGAUCAUCACGACAACAGUGACGGCCUACAACAUCCUGUACAACCAUCACCAGGAGGCGUCUAUCAGCGUGUGGCUGCAGUUCAGUGAUGACUCCGCCUCCCUCCUCUCCUCCUUCAGUGACCUCCCCAUCUCCCUGCUACUCUCCUCGCUGGCUGAGUCUGUUGUCGUUGUAACGCCCGGCCCUAGCCAACACAUCUACGCCCAGGGGGAUGGGGGUGGGCCAUUACUGCGUGCAGAGCUUUUGGUUUCCACCUGUGGCGACCUUUCAAUCACCUCAAACUCCAUCAGUGAAGCUGAUUGGACAGAGACCAGAGCCCACCGGCUGGCUCGAGGGUCUGGGUGGAUCCGAGUCAACCUGGACCUGGGCUUCCUGCAGCCAGAAGAAGACAGGGAUGAAACUGGGGAGGAGUUUGAGUUUGACAUUUCAGACAUGCUAGUUGAGUCAGACAUCGACAUCUAUGCUGCGAACUCUGAGGAGGACGACGGUGGGAACGUCAGCAGCGACUAUGACAGAAUCAGCAGGAAGGUGAUGGAGAGGAACUGGAACAAAGCCGGAAAUGGAGGGAUGGUACACCGAAACAAUCUGGAACGAGCAGUGCUGAUGCCCAAUCAGGAGGAGAGCUCCGUGUACUUCUCCCCUAGCCAGGAGAAGGGUGGAGGGGGCAGGGGGGAAGAGGCACAGGGAGCUCGGGAGCUUGAAGUCAUCGUGGGUGCAGUCCUUGCUCUGAUCUGUCUGUCUGCUGUCCUCUUCCUCGCCAACUGUCUGCCCUGCGCCCUGAGAGAUCGGAGGAAGAGGACAAAGAUUGAGGAAGAGAGGGGAGCAGGGGAAGGAGGAGGACAGGAGGAGGAAAAGGAGCAGGAGAGGAGGAAGGAGGAGGGGAAGGACAGGGAGACCGGAGAGCGGAAGAAGGAGGAUGGUGAGGAGGAAAUGAAGCAGCAGCAGGUGGAGCAGAGUAUGGAAGAGGUCACAGAGGUGGAGAUCAUUUGUUGAUAAGCACAGACUCGGGGCAGAGACAUAAUUAUUACAGCAUGCUGUCACCAUGUUUAUACGUCACACCAAGGAAACAGACAAUCUACAAUCUUCAUUCAUCUGUUCAACCAUAUCACAGUUCUUCAGGACGAUUAUUUAUGUAUCACCAAGAAAUGAUACUGCUGCUAUGUGAUCAACUCUAUGGUCUAUGGUUUAUUUCAUGUCUUCAAAGCCAGGCUCAUUCACCAUCGAACAUUUAUCACACCUCCAGAAAGUGUAAGGUUAUAUGUAUUUUAUUUGUAGAAUCUCAAACCAUAAAA